AUGGCCAAGCCAAGCCUGUUCCAGCUACUGCUGCUGGCCACGCUGUGCGGCCUGGGCUUGGGCGAGGGGACGCCCUCAUCACCCACUGCCUGUGCCGACGGACCCAAAUUCUGGUGCCAAGGCCUGGAGCAAGCCCUGCAGUGCCGGGCCCUGGGCCACUGCCUGCGGGAAGUGUGGGGACAUGCGGGCUCCGAUGAGCUGUGCCUGGAGUGCAAGGCCCUGGUGCCCAUCCUCAUCAAGAUGGCCAAGGAGGCCAUUUUCCAGAACAAGAUGCGCAAGUUCCUGGAGAACGAGUGUGACCAGCUGCCCCUGAAGCUGCUGGUGCCUCAGUGCCACCAUCUACUGGACUUCUACUUCCCCAUGGUCAUCAGCUAUUUCCAGAACCACAUCAACCCCCAGGCCAUCUGCGAGCACCUGGACCUGUGCCAGUCCGAGACCACUGGGUCGCCGGAGCCGGGGCAGGAGCUGGAGCUGUUCCCCGGGUUGCUGGAUCAGCUGGCCCUGCCCGCACUCCCUGGGGGCCUCCUCCUCAAGGCAGGGCCUCACACACAGGAUAUCUCCGAGCGCAAGUUCCCCAUCCCGCUCCCCAUCUGCUGGCUCUGCAAGACGCUGCUCGGGCGGAUUCAGUCUGCAGUUCCCAAGGGGGUGCUGGCCCAGACCAUGACCCGGGUAUGCCACAUGGUACCCCUGGUGGCUGGAGGCAUCUGCCAGUGCCUGGCCGAGCGCUACACGGUCCUCCUCCUGGACGCGCUGCUGGGCAAGACGCUGCCCCAGCUGGUCUGUGGCCUCGUCCUCCGCUGCUCCAGAGAGGACAGCAUAGGCUCAACCCUCCCUCCGCUGGGGCCCCCGCCGCCGCCGCCGCCGCAGCCGCCGGCAGAGUGGCUACCACAUAACUCCGACUGUCACCUCUGCAUGGUUGUGACUGGAAAGGCGAUGAACAUCAUUGGGCCUCUGCCCCAGGCCCUGCACCAAGCCUGCUUCGACUUCGGGCUGGAUCAGCUGAAGUGCCAGAUGUUCGUGACACAGCACAUGGUCCAGCUGGAGAGCAUGCUGUUCCAGGGCUGGGACAACUGCUCCAUCUGCCAGAACCCCGCCCGGGAGCCCCAACUCCUGCCUGCGCCUCAGCAUCUAAUCCAUUAG